AUGCUAGGGAUACUGCCGGUCAGUUACGUCUUGACCGUCGCUUUGCAGUUCGCAACAACAGCCGACGCGAGCUUUGAUCGCCACUAUCGCAGAGACACGUCCUUGGGCCGGUCCGGCGCGCUGCCCAACACCACCACGACCGAGGGCAAUGGACUUGGCAGCUUGAUCUUGAACGGGCUUGGGGCCACGAGCUCGGAAGAUUCUUCGGCGACUUCAAUUUCCGCAUCGGUGACAGCUGAAAACGACACCCAGUCCGCAACUUCUCGGAUCAGCACUCCUGCAGCGAGCUCCAGUCCUCUGCUGAGCAGUACGCCGUUCCCGACUUUGAGCGGGAACUCGUCGUUCGGUGGAAAUGUCACAAACGGAACAUUCGGAGCGUUGCCAGGCAGCGGAUCUGGGGCGGCCUAUGCCACUGCCUGCAUGCUGGAACACGAAGCAUGGCAGACUUUUGCUAGUCCAUACUACACCGGCGUGUUUUCUAUGGAAACCGAGACUCUAACCUUGACAAACUACACGGUGUCCACCCGAACGUCUGCUUGCAACACGUACGGCUACGGAGAGAUCACCUACAUGGUGGGAGAUCCCAUGGCGGUAGCUACCUGGACGUCUGUGUCAUCGUCGACCGUAUACACCCAAUCACUUGCGGUCAACGUCAAGCCGCCCGCGUGCAACGUCACGGAGGCCGACUGCAAGGCACUGUGGCAGGACUUCAGGGUCGAUUCGAACUACUCGAUGCCUUAUCCAGGCGCGAUUGACGGGUGCGAGGAAAAGCCCGAAUGGGGCAAAUGCGGCGUCUGCAGGAUCUCGGCGCCCGAGGUCGAGCUCAUCUACUUCCCCCACAAGAAAAACACGACGAUAGACAUGUGUGACAAAGGCGCCAACAUGACCGUCUGUCCGUUUGGGCCGACGACGGCGCCGUUUACGUCUGCGAAUGCGUACGAUGCUGCCAACUGUGCGUAUGGAACCAACACUUCGCAUCCGACGGCUACAGCAGGCCCAUACACGACAUCGGGCGCGUACACCUUCUUCGAAGCCAACGCCUACCUCUCCUUCCCCGUCGUCUCAGCCGCCUCGACAGCCUGCAACCAACGGGUCGGCGCGGUGCACUCGAACGUGAUGCUCACGCUCGCGUCGCAAGACUUGUACACGUACCGCGGCUACCACUACUACUUCGUCGACGGCGGUUAUCCCUUCAACUUCGACGACAUGGCCACGGUGGCGUCGGCGCCGUGGUACCAGGCCAUCGAGGCGGGCAACGCGUGCGAGUACUACGACAAGGACUACUCGUCGCUGCUGUGGCCCAACUUCGUCAACGGCGAGCAGUGGGCGGGCAAAGACGGCCCCUGCAAGAUCAUCUACCAGUCCGCCUACCGGCCGACCCUGCUGCUGCCGCCGCAGAUCCGCUCGCUCGACCCGGCCUGGGGGACCUGCCUGCUCGACCUCGCCGGCACCUUUGACCCGCCCAUCGCCCUGACCCCGGCCAUGGCUCUCGUGCCCUCCACGUCCGCCAAAGACGACGGGCCCGCGUCGGCGACGAAGCCUCCUGCCGUGCCCGCCUCGUCUCCAGAUUCGCCCGAUCCGACGAACACGGGGACCCGCGAUCCGGACCCGGCGACGACCACCAAAGCCGGCGCCGGCCAGCAGAGCGGUCCUUCCCCGCCGCAGGAGACCGGUGGAAGUGAUCCGGCCGAGACCUCUAACAACAACGGAAACGACAACAGCCUGCCCCCCGCAACCACCAACGAUCCCGGUCUGGGCGGCAUCAUCAGCGCUGUAGUCUCCCAGGCCACUGGCGGCGGCGGCGGUCAAACAUCAGCGCCAACUAACGACAACAAUAACGACAACAACAACGACAACGACAACAAUAACGACGACGAAAACAACAAUAACGACAACAACGACAACGACCAACCCCAACAGCCCGCCGACCCCGGCCCCCCCGCCUCCGCGACCCUCGGCGACAACGACGGCGGCAGCAUCAUCGUCGUCGCCGACCCCGCGCCCACCACAGAAGGCGGAGCAGACGGUGGCGGCGGCGCCAUCAUCAUCAUCAACACUCCCGCCGCCGGCACUUCCGCCGGCGCCGCCGCAACCCCCAUCACCCUCCGCCCCGGCGCGACGACCGUCCUGGGCGACGGCACGCCCGUGUCAGUCGGGUCGAACGGAGGAGAAUCAGGAGGCGCAGGAGGCGGCGUGGUGGUCGUGGUUGCGGGCGGGUCGACGGUCUCGGUCGCGGCGGCGGCGACGGGGGCGACGGGGCAGACUGCUGCUACCGCUGCUGCUGCCAAUACUCCGCUCUUCACCGUCGGCGGGGUGACGGCGUCGCUCGUGCCGGGCGAUGCGGCAGGCGGCGGAGUGGUGGUCGUGGGCGGCAGCGUGACGGUGGCGCCGGGGGAGGUGGUUACGGUUGCGGGGACGGCCGUGUCUGUUGGUGAGGGGGGAGGGGGAGGAAUGGUCGUCGUCGUGGGUGGUAGUACCGUCGCGUUGCCUACCGGUGGCUCGGCUUCGUCUGGUGGUGGCGGUGGCGGUGACGGCGGAGGAGGAGGAGAGGGGGAAGAAGGGGGUGGGGUGGCGGUGUUCACGGUCGAUGGGGGGCAGGCGGUGACGGCGUCGAGCGUGGGGGAUGGCGUCAUCGUUGUUGGGGGGACGCAGACGUUGAGGGUGGGGGGUACGGUCGUUGCGACGGUGGCGGGCGGGGAGGUGGUGAGUUUGGCGUCGGGGUCGGGAGGGGGCUUGGUCGUGGGUGGCGGUGGUGGUGGGAGCUCGACUGUUGGGUUUGGGGAUGGUGGUGGUGCUGCUACUUCCACGGGUGGCCAACACGAAGGCGAUGGCAGUGGCGAAUCGGUCGUCGCGACGGUGACAGCGGCGGCGGGUGGACAGGCGUUCACGGCGACGAGCGCGGAUGGGACCGUCUUCGUCGGUGGGACGAGCUUGACGGAGGGGCAGGUGGCGACCCUGGCGGGCGGGCAGGUGGUGAGCGUGGAUGGCGAGGGGGAUGUGGUGGUUGGCGGAUCAAGCACGGUGACUUUCUCGGCAGCGGCGGCUACUACUGCGACGGGGAGUCGGAGGGCGAGUAGUACUGCCCCGGGAAGUUCCAGUGCGAAGACGUCCAGUUCGGGAGACGGGAUCACGAGCGUGUCCUUGAUGACUACCAGCAUGGGCAGUGGGACGGGCGAGGCGGCCGCAACGAGUACGGGUGGUGCUGAUACUAUCAGGGGAAGCGGCCUUGAAGCUGGUUUCGGAGCGAUGAUGGGUUGCAUGUUCGCAUUCUUCAUUUGA